AUCCAGCAUCAGUACCAUAUUACAUUUGUACCACCGUGUGGAAGCCGAAACAGAGAUUCCAUAACCGAUUAUUACUGGAUACCGUAUUUCUCUGAAGAACAUGAUGUUUUCAAGGAUUGGGUUACGGACAAAAUGUUGGCUAAACAUCUCUGACUCUUCCAAUUGAAUGACCGGAAUUAACUGGAUCAACAGCAGAACGGCAUCAGUGCCCAAUCAGUAUAAUGCGGAAGUGACGUAGGCAACGAGGCCGGUGUGGACAUAAUGAAACACACAAAACGGCAGGUGGCAUUGUUUAUUGUCGUGUGUUUUCUGGCUGCAAAGUCAGCUCACACUAAAAACGAGUCUAUAGACUCUUGCCUGAAGGAGACAAAUCCCAGACUGACCGAUGAACAGCGCCUCCUCAUGAUUUUGAUGCGGUCUUACAAUAACAAAACCAGACCAGUUUACAACGCGUCACAUCCGGUCAACGUCAAGAUCGGACUGAGCAUCACACAAAUAUUUGAUGUUGACGAGCGGAAUCAGGUAUUGACAAUCAACGUUUGGCUUGAUCAGGAAUGGCACGACGAGAAGCUCUCCUGGGACCCAGCUGAUUAUAAUGGACUGGAAGUGUUGAGGAUCCCGUGUACGAAACUAUGGCUGCCUGACAUCGUCCUCUACAAUAGUGCCUCUAACUACAACGAAAAGUACAUGGAGGCGUUAGCGAUGGUUUCCUACAAUGGACGAGUGUUCUGGCCUCCGAUCGUCAAACUAAAAAGCUCUUGUGAAAUGGACAUUACAUUUUUCCCAUUUGACGACCAAAUCUGUAAACUUAAAAUGGGAUCAUGGGCAUAUGACGGCUUCCAAGUCGAUAUUUUCAACCGAUCGACCCCCAUUGACCUUUCAAACUUCGUUGGACACGGAGAAUGGGAACUUAUAGACACAAAGGCCGUUCGGAACGUAGUUGUCUACCCCUGUUGUAAGGAACCAUUCCCAGAUGUCACUUUUACAGUCCACAUCCGGCGCCGCACGACGUACUAUCUGUACAACGUCAUAAUUCCGUCUGUGAUGUUGUCGUCACUGGCUCUUCUAGGGUUCUGGUUACACCCCGACGGAGGGGAGAAGGUGACACUGGGGCUGACAGUACUUUUGUCUCUCUCCGUCUUCAUGUUGUUGAUAGCAGAAAACACACCAGCGACAUCGUUCUACAUUCCUCUACUAGGGAUUUAUUUGAUAACAACGAUGUCCUUUACUUCCGGUUCCGUCGUGGUUGCAGUGAGCGUGUCCAGUAUCCAUGCACGCGGUUCCUACAAUAAGAAGGUUCCCAACGGUCUCAAAAGAUUCAUCAUGUGUCUUUCGAAAGGGAUCUGUAUGGAGACUAAAUAUAUCAGUAAAUGUUACUAUGACGACGAACGGCCUGUAGUUCAAAUCAUAUCUAAGCCAAUGAAUGGUGAACUCAAUGGAAACAUCCAGCAUACUGUAUGUCAGGAGGAAAGGCGUAAAAUCCUAGAAGGUUAUGACGAACAGAUUACCUCCCCUGUGUCUAUUACAUCGGCAAAUGAUGAACAAAGGCGUCAUCGAUCACAUCCGGGAUCUUUGAAAAAGGGUCAGGAAACCAAAUGUUGUGAACCCGCCGUUGAAAAACCGGAUGUGUACAACGGAGCUAUUCUCGAGACAUUGAAGUGCCUUCUGGACCAAAAUAACGCCAGGCAACGAGAAGAGGACUUGAAGAAACAAUGGGAAGAGGUUGCUAUGGUGAUUGAUAGGUUCCUUUUCUGGCUGUUUCUGUUUGGGAACAUAAUUUCGUCGCUAUACCUUCUCGUGUUGUGUCCAAAUGUAAUGCAAAACAAAUCGAUUGAUUGAGCUACAAUAUGAACAUAUCUAAAUUUAGAUUCACUUUGAUGUUUUUUUUAACAAAAUAUGUUACUAUUUAUUAUGUCGUCAUGACGUAUAUUUUAUAUUCAGUGAUGUCCUGACGUCAUAUCAUCACGUGAGUGAAGCUUCAUAUUUAGUAAUAGAAAGAGUCGUUAUUACAUCAAAAGAGUUUGUCAUAUUAUGUUACCAGCUUGUUAGGAUUUAUAUGGGUUUUUCUGUACAGUCCACGUGACAACGAUGAUGACGUCAUGUGGACGCCAUAGCGAUGUCAGAUUCCAAUGAUGUUGUUGGCAUGGCAGAAAAGACAAAGAAAGGGUAAAAAAGUUAAAAAGUAAAUUUAAUCGUGAUAUUUGUUUGAUGUGUGUAUCUGCAAGAUUUUUGUUAAUGUACAUAGAAAUCCUUAUUCAUUACACCAUUAUUUAAAUCAUCGCUUGUAAAAUACGAUCUUAUGAAUAUGUAGAGAUACUUAACAACUGGCAUUCAACGGUCGACAAUGUACCGAUUUAAAAUGUCAAAUUUUGCAAUAAAGAUUUAUUUUGACGUCAUUUUUGUCAAGGAGAUGUAUUACGUGUGAACAUCUGGUGACAGAGAAUCUUACCAGGCCUUUUUUGUAUCAAUACAAAGAGCAAAAGGAGAGAAAAAAACAAAAAACGAAACAAAACCCCGCGAUUUCGCAAUGGCAAUUAAGUUUAUUCAUCAAUUAUCAUUGCUUGAUCUGAAAUGUAGAAGUGUCUUAGUGUCUCUUGAAUAAUUAUUGUGACAAUUAUGAAUGCUUAUGGUUUAACGCAGUAAAUUAAUAUAUAUAUAUAUAUUGGGUAUACAUUGAUUUCAGUAGAACCUUGUUAUAAUAUAAUUUAUUUAAUUAGCGAAACAUUGCUAUCAUUAAGCUAUUUUGGCGAUGUACAUUAUGUAUACAAGAAGAGUCUAAAAAUUUCAAGGCCAAGUUAAUUGGAACUGUAUGAAUUACACCGAUGAUGAAUGAGUAACAUUGAAGUGUUUCUGUAUCUGUACCCACACACGGGACUAGUAGUGUUUGUGUUAAGAUGGAGUUUGUUUACUUUGUUUCUGUAUCUGUACCCACACACGGGAUAAGUAGCGUUUGUGUUAAGAUGGAGUUUGUUUACUGUGUUUCUGUAUCUGUACCCACACACGGGAUAAGUAGCGUUUGUGUUAAGAUGGAGUUUGUUUACUGUGUUUCUGUAUCUGUACCCACACACGGGAUAAGUAGUGUUUGUGUUAAGAUGGAGUUUGUUUAUUGUGUUUCUGUAUCUGUACCCACACACCGGAUAAGUAGUGUUUGUGUUAAGAUAGAGUACUCACACACGGGACUAGUAGUGUUUGUGUUAAGAUGAAGUUUGUUUAUUGUGUUUCUGUAUCUGUACCCACACACUGGAUAAGUAGUGUUUGUGUUAAGAUAGAGUACUCACACACGGGACUAGUAGUGUUUGUGUUAAGAUGGAGUUUGUUUAUUGUGUUUCCCUGUGGUUUGUCGUAAUGCUUCAAUCGAAAAAAUCCGUGACAAAGACAAUAUAGAAAUGAAACUCGUUAUUCCGUACCUCAGUAAUAAAAAAAACCUUGGUUUUCUGGUUUUGAUAAUCCGUACAACAGUAAUAUGAUGGCACACUGUUAAUCCUUACUCCUAUACUCCGUUAGAAUCUCAUUAAUCCGGAAUUCCAUAUCCUGUUAGAAUUCAGUAAUCCGUACUCCUGUAUUUCGUUGGAAUCUCAUUAAUCCAGAUUAUACAAAUGUAAUAUCAUUGUGAUAAUUCGUGCUCUUAUAGUAAGGUACACGUUUAACUCUAGUACUGGUAUACCUGUACUUCGAUAGGAACUUGUUUAUCAGCACUCGGGUAUCCAGGUAAUUCAAUAGAACCUUGCUAAUCUGUGUCAGCAAAUAAACUUAUCGAAACUGAUUUGGACGCUUGGUGUCUUUUAACAGGGCUCUUUGCAUGCCAAAAGUUUCCUUCCUGAUAUCAAUAUUAAACAAGAUGUUUGACACCGAAGUCUCCGUGUUUGAUAAUCAUAAUUAACUCAAGAAUAGAACGUUUAGGCACGAGUCGUGUCAGCAACAGGACCGCAUAGUGGUGUCUUACGGACCUCGGGCCGGUUAUGUUCAAGGAAAUUAAGAUAACGGUGUUCAUUAGACAAUGGUAAAUAUAUUAAGAUAACGGUGUUCAUUAGACAAUGGUAAAUAUAUUAAGAUAACGGUGUUCAUUAGACAAUGGUAAAUAUAUUAAGAUAACGGUGUUCAUUAGACAAUGGUAAAUAUAUUAAGAUAACGGUGUUCAUUAGACAAUGGUAAAUAUAUUAAGAUAACGAUGUUCAUUAGACAAUGGUAAAUAUAUUAAGAUGAAGGUGCUCAUUAGACAAUGGUAAAUAUAUAAGAUAACGAUGUUCAUUAGACAAUGGUAAAUAUAUUUGUGGGAUUUAGGUAACGAUAUUUACAUCUGAGUGAAGAGUUACAUUAUGUGAAUGACAAUUGUACAUAUUAACUGUCUAAGUAUUGUUCAAACCUGGCAAGAGUUAUCUCUCUCUCUCUCUUUUAAAUCAUACGUUUUGUAAUCAUUAAAGUUGGACAUGUUUUGUACGAAUUUUUCAUGUCCAGGUUGACCUGAAUAGGUUUAUUUAUUCAUUUAUCUAGUAACCUUUAUUUAAAGAUACUAUUAAAUGCACAUAUAGAUGGUUAUCAUGAUUGUUUCAGGGCUAACUGUAGAUUAACUUAAUUCAUUAUUUAAGAUUGCUUUACCUUAUUGCCAAUUUUGGAAGCCCGUGACUCAUUAAGACAUUUUCAGAUGACACCAAAUAAUUGCACAAUAAAGUUAUGUUAAAUCAGCUGUAUAAUUUGCUUACAAAUGAUGUAAUAGUUCUUAUAAUCAUGAUAACCUUUCAAACCUUUCAUUGAAUUGCGUGAUUGAAAAUGUUGAAUAAAAUUGUUUUAUGUUCUAUA